UGGUAAUGGCUAACCGGUGAGAGGAGGAGGGGCCCAUCAGCAAUACAAUUCCAAUUAACGGGAAUAUUCAAAUUAAAAUGUCUAUAUCAAAAGCGAUCCGAUCAGUUUUAAGACCACACUCGAAUUGGCCAUCAAACAACGUGCUUGCCAUCCAUACCGUUAGACGCACGUAUACUGCAGUUAGCAUUACUAACGACGACAUGACGACUGACAUCGCAGAAGUAAUUGCUGAGACAACUGCUCCUUUAUGGUCGCCUAAAAUGAUUGCUUGGCAAGCUCACUCAUAUAGCACCAUUGAUGACCUGGUGCUUACUAGCAACGCCCGGUCACCCCUAGUGGUUGGACCCAGGGAAUUAUUGGUGCGUGUCAAGGCUUCAUCAGUCAACCCACUUGACGUUCUUAUGGCUCAGGGUUUCGGUCAGGUACUUUUGGGUACCAUUCGUCAAGCACAAAAGUUAUCUCUUCACAAACCUAUGGAAUUUCCCUUGACAUUGGGACGAGAUUUUAGUGGUGAAAUCAUUGCCAAAGGAGUUAAUGUUAAAAGUGACUUGAAUAUUGGUGACAAAGUUAUGGGUGUCAUACCUCCUUUCCAUCAAGGUUGUCAUGCUGAAUUUGUUGCUGUUCCUGAAGGUCUGGUUGCUAAAAAACCAGCACACAUGACUAGUGAAGAGGCCGCAGGUUUAUUGUAUUCAGGCUUAACUGCAUGGUCUGCUUUAAAAUUGGCUGGUGGCUUAUGUGUUUUAAGUGCUACUGAAAAAAAUGUACUUGUCAUUGGUGGAUCUGGUGGUGUUGGUAAUUGUGCUGUACAAUUAUUGAAGAAUUGGGGAGCUAAGGUCACUACUACAUGCAGUACAGAUGCUAUAAAUCUAGUGAAAGCUCUUAGGCCAGAUAAUAUUAUAGAUUACACUGCUAAAGAUGCUAAACAGCAAUUAGAAAAUUAUGGAAAGUAUGAUAUAAUUCUAGAUGCUGCAGGAAUAUCUUAUAAUAAAAUCAAUGCUUUUAUGCCUUUGUUGAAAGGUUGGUCAUGCUCUGCAUUCAUUACACUUCGUAGUCCUAUUUUGCACAAUACAGAUUCAUAUGGCUUGGUAGGAGGAAUGAUUAAAAAUGCAAUUGAUCUUGUAGUCCCAAAUGUUUUAUCUGGAGCAGUCUUUAAAGGUUCUUCAAUACGGUGGGGUACUUUUAUGCCAUUAGAAUGCGGUGUCAGGGAAUUGGCACAGCUAGCUGAAGAAAAGAAAAUGUUUGUUCCUUUAGAGAAAACUUUUAAAUUCAUAGACCUCAAGGAUGCUUAUAAGAGAGUACAAGAAGGGCAUCUCAGGGGCAAAGUUGUUAUAACGUAUGAUAAACCAAGCUUAGAUAAGGCUAGAUUAACCAAUUGAGUUUUUUUCAUGAUGUGAAGUUUUUAUAUAAUAAUAAUACUUGAUUGUGUUAUAUGUGUUAUAGCCUGUUUAAAGAUUUUAAAUAAAUUUU